UUCUCAGCAUUUACGAUUCAGGAGUAAGGGCCAGCGGAGCUUAGAAGAAGACAACCCUCUCAAUUUGUACCCACUCCCAGCUUUACUGACUGCUGCUUCAGCAAUAAACAACACAGAAGCUGAAGACCUUGAUAAAUAAAUAAGGUUAUCUUAAGAGGUGACAUGAACCUUGAAGAGUAUUUUGCAAGAACUGGCUAUAAAGGUUCUCUUGAAAAACAAGAUUUGGAAACCUUAACCGAUAUAUUCCAGCAUCACAUCCGUGCUGUUCCCUUUGAAAACCUCAGCAUCCACUGUGGGGAGAAAAUUACUUUGGAGUUGGAGCAUGUGUAUAACAAACUUGUGCGGAGGAAGAGGGGUGGCUGGUGCAUGGAAAACAACCAGCUAUUGGGCUGGGUCCUGAAACAUCUGGGGUAUGACACCAGCUUUCUGGGAGCAUAUGUGUUCAAUCCACACCAAAACGCGUAUGCCACCCUCAUGACCCAUCUCCUUGUAAAAGUAGUUAUUGAUGGCAAAGCCUAUAUUGUUGAUGGAGGCUUCGGUGUAUCCUAUCAGAUGUGGCAGCCGAUGGAGCUGGUUUCGGGAAAAGACCAGCCCCAGGCUCCCGGCGUCUUUCGCUUCACAGAGAAAAAUGCCAUCUGGUACCUCGAGAAAAUGAGACGGAAACAAUAUAUCCCAAAUCAAAACUUCUCUAACUCCGAUCUUCUGGAGAAAAAAGACUGUCGGAAAGUUUACAUGUUCAGCCUCGAGCCACGGACAGUGGAAGAUUUCCGUUUCCAGUGCACGUACCUUCAGACCUCUCCAGACUCCCUCUUUACGAAGAAGUCCAUCUGCACCCUCCAGACCACUGAUGGCUUUCGAGCGCUAAUUGGGUGGACACUCACUGAGACCACAUACAACUACAAGGAAAACAUGGAUCUGGUGGAAUUUGUAACUCUUGAAGGUGAAGAAGUGGAAAAAACCCUCAAGGAGAAAUUCAACAUAAGCCUCGAUAGGAAACUUGUCCCAGUUAAUGUCAAAGGAUUUUACACAAUCUAGGUGACCAGGAAAACCUACGCUAAUGUUAUGUAUAUACAAUACCUCCCACUGUCUGUGCAAUCACUACUGAAAAUCAUGGGAUUCUUUGCAGGCAAUUGAAGGAAAAAUACAUUAAUAUGAGAUUAAAGUGAAUUUUGCUCUGGGAAAAAUCAGUCAGGUAGAUAAAAAAAUAA